AUUUGUAAUUUGGAGCAGCCUUUCUAAAAGAAGGUGGGUGAUACUGCUACACCCAGAGAAGCGGCUAGGGCAAAGUCUCUGUAGAAAUUUCAAACAAGAGGCGACAGCAAGCUCUGUUUGUGACAACCUGACAUCUAUCCUGUCAUUUACCCUUGAAAAUAACAUUUCAGUGAGAAGGUUCGCCUUCCUGAGAGGAGUCAGAACUGACACUCACUGUAGGAUCAUGUUGUUAGAUCUUUUCCAGUCCUCCGCCACAGUCUCCCUGCUGGUUGCCUUUGUGGGCCUGCUGGUCCUGCAUCUUCUUUACUCCAGCUUCAUCUCCCAAGACCAGAAGGAGCCUCCAGGACCUAAAGCUCUCCCCCUGCUUGGUAACCUGCUUCAGGUGGAUCUCAUGAGACUCGACAACUCUCUUUUUAAUCUGUCCAAGAAAUAUGGGUCGGUGUUCACAGUCUACUUUGCACUUAAGAAGGUGGUAGUGCUGGCAGGAUACAGGACAGUCAAACAGGCUCUGGUCAACCACGCUGAAGAGUUUGGAGACAGAGAGGUCACUCCCAUAUUCUACGAUUUCAACAAAGGACAUGGCAUACUAUUUUCCAAUGGUGACUCGUGGAAAGAAAUGAGGCGAUUUGCUCUAACUACGCUGAGAGAUUUCGGAAUGGGCAAACGGAUUAGUGAAGGGAGAAUCAUUGAGGAAUGUCGCUACCUGAUUGAAGAAUUUGAACAAUAUGAAGGUAAAGCCUUCAACAACACCAAGGCAAUUUCUUAUGCGACUUCAAAUAUUAUAUCAGCUAUCAUGUUUGGAAAGAGGUUUGAAUACAAAGACCCAUUGUUCCAAGCUAUGGUGGAAAGAGACCACGAGUCCAUCCGUCUGACAGGAUCAGCUCCCAUCCUGAUAUACAACAUGUUUCCUUGGCUGGGACCUUUUCUUAAAAACUGGAAGCAUUUGAUGAAGAAUGUGGAGAGAAACAUAGAGGACACAAAACACAUCAUAGCAGAUCUGAAGAAGACUCUGAACCCUGAGAUGUGCAGAUGCUUUGUUGAUGCAUUCCUGACACGUAAGCAAAAUCUGGAGGAGUCUGAAAACAAGGAGUCACACUAUCAUGAUGACAACCUGGUCCACAGUGUGAUAAAUCUGUUUGCAGCUGGAACUGAUACCACAGGAAAUACACUUCAGUGGUGUUUACUUUUCAUUGCCAAGUACCCUCAUAUUCAAGAGCGGGUCCAGGAGGAGUUGAGCAGGGUGGUUGGAAGCCGUCAAGUCAGAGUAGAGGACAGGAAGAACCUGUCCUACACUGAUGCUGUCCUCCAUGAAGUACAGAGAAUGGCCAAUGUUGCCCCCAUGGCUAUUCCUCAUAAAACCAGUCGAGACGUCACCUACCAGGGCUACUUUAUCAAAGAGGGGACUACUGUGUUUCCUCUUCUUACUUCUGUCCUGUAUGAUGAGAGUGAAUGGGAGAGCCCACACACUUUCAACCCUUCCCACUUCCUGGAUAAGGAGGGUAAAUUUAUCAGAAGAGAUGCCUUCAUGCCCUUUUCUGCAGGUCGCAGAGUGUGUCUCGGAGAAAGCCUGGCCCGAAUGGAGCUCUUUCUCUUCUUCACCUCGCUCCUUCAGUGCUUUCGUUUCACUCCCCCACCUGGAGUUACCGAGGAUGAACUGGAACUCACACCAGUUGUGGGCUUCCUCCUCACCCCUUCACCUCAUGAGCUGUGUGCUGUCAGUCGCCACUGACGAAGAACUUGAUUAUUGUUUUGUGUUGUUAUUCCAUGCCUCUGUGCCACUUGUAGUCACUCAGUCUAACUAUGAUGUGGGAGGGGAUGUUGUGUGAAAAUGUGUAGAGAUAUAACCAAUUAACAGCAAUUAGCUAUAAAUCAUAGGCACACUGAUGGUAUCAAGCCAGGGCAAAAUGUAAGAUCCUGAAGGUAGCUUUUUCUAUGUAACAAAACACAAAAUACGGAAUUAAAGUAUUUAAAUUAAAGUGUGUCUUGCUGAAAAUAAAAUAUGCCAUUGUAACAGAGCAAAUUGUACACAACAGAAAAAUGUUGCUGUGUUAAACUGGGAAUGACCUAUA